AUGGCUGAGAAUACUCGCAUGAAAGAGGUGACCUCAGAUAUUCGUGAUUUGAAGAAAGUUGUAGAGCUGUUAGAGCAACGCGACAAUGACUUUGCUGCCUUAUUAGACACUCGAGAUCAACAAACUGCUACCCGUUUGGAUGGAAUUGAAGCUGCUUUGGAGAAACUAAGACUUACUCUGGUUCAUCAAGGACCUCAUACUCCACCUCCUUUUAGCACGGUAAGCACAAACAUCUCAGAUCCACCUCCUGGGCCCAAACCUCCAUACCAUGUGAGAAAUGUUAAGGUUGAUUUUCCACGCUUUGAUGGUGAAAAUGUUUUGCAAUGGCUGUUUAAAGCAGAACAAUUCUUUGAAUUUUAUGGGACACCUGAUGAACAUAGAUUAUCUAUUGCUGCCCUACAUUUUGAAAAGGAUGUGAUCCCUUGGUUCCAGAUGAUUACUAGAACUCAACCUUUUCAAAAUUGGAAACAAUUUGCAAAAGCCUUGGAAUUAGAGUUUGGUCCUUCACCUUAUGAUUGUCCUAGAUCUACACUCUUUAAGCUUUCUCAAUCAAAUUCUGUUAGUAAUUACUAUACUGAAUUUAUGUCUUUAGCUAAUAGAGUUUAUGGCCUUAGUCCUGAUGCCCUCCUAGAUUGCUUCAUUAGUGGCCUUAAACCAGACUUAAAACGAGAAGUUAUAGCACAAAACCCACUUUCCAUUCUUAAGGCUGUGUCCUUAGCCAAACUCUUUGAAGAAAAAUACAUUCCCAAACCAAAAUCUCAACCACCAUAUAAACCUUACACACAGACCACCCCAUACACAUAUCCUAAACUACAAAAUUCCCAACCCCCUCUCUUGCCUACCCCCACAGUUAAACCAUUCGCCCAACCGACCAAUCCUAUUAAAAAAAUGACACCCACUGAAAUGCAGAUUCGGCGCGAAAAAGGCCUUUGCUAUACUUGUGAUGAACGUUUUUCACCAAACCAUAGGUGUCCUAACAAGCAUUACAUGAUCCUGCAAGUUGAUGAGGAGCAGUGCACCCAUGAGGACAAUGUGAUUCAGACUGAUUCUGUAGACAGCUUACCACAGGAUGCAACUGAUCAUCAUUUGUCUUUCAAUGCUCUAAAAGGCAGUAGUGGAGUUGGUACCAUUAAGUUCCAGGGUCGAAUUAAUGGUUGUCCAGUAAACAUUUUAUUGGACAGUGGCAGUUCUGAUAAUUUCUUGCAGCCACGGAUUGCUCACUUUCUGAAAUUACCAAUCGAACCAGCCCCAAAUUUCCAAGUGAUGGUGGGAAAUGGAAAUUCAAUGUCUGCUGAAGGCUUUAUUUCUGACCUGCAAGUUGAGGUGCAAGGCUACACUCUCCAAUUUCCUGUCUAUUUGUUACCAGUAGCAGGAGCAGACUUGGUGCUAGGUGCAGCAUGGUUGGCAACCUUAGGCCCUCAUGUGGCUGAUUACAGUGCUCUAGCCUUCAAAUUUCUGCUAGAUGGUAAGUUUAUCACCUUAUAUGGUGAAAAACAGAACUUGCCUCAGCUAGCCCAGUUUCACCAUAUCAAAAGGCUCCAUCAAACUCAUGCCAUUGCUGAAGUGUUUUCUAUACAGCUACAAGAAUCUGACAACAAGUCUGAAUUCUGUGAGGAAAUACCUCAAAAUUUGGAACCUGCACUUGUUUUGUUGUUGCAUACUUAUAAGGAGGUUUUCACCAAACCCUCAAGUCUACCACCUCAACGGUUUCAGGAUCAUUCCAUACCUUUAAUAGAAGGCAGUAAUCCUGUUAAGGUCAGACCGUAUAGGUAUGCUCACAGUCAAAAAGCUCAAAUUGAAAAGAUGGUUGCAGAUAUGCUCGCUGAAGGCAUAAUUACACCCAGCAAAGAUAUGACAUUGAAAAGAAUACAAAUCUCUUGGUACAGAAAGAAUGAUCAACUUGCCCAAUUUGAUGAUUUGAAUUGA